CCAUAUGGAUGCAAGGAUGGCUCUUCUUAAAUCAGGAGCAAACCAUCAUGGUUAUAAAUUUUGGCAGCUUGCGUGUAUUUCCUGUCGUCAGACGGUUAGACAACUUUUUCAUCCUGUAUUGUCUGUCUUAAAACAGUCAAAUGGUCCAAGGAAACCAUCAAGGAGGUGUUCUGUUUCAGCAGCAUCGCAGAAACUUCAGUCACGUAGUCAGCAGAUCCCUGAAAUCAAAAGUGAAGUUGAUCUCGGUGAAUCUCCAAGACAACUGCCAGUGGAUCCGUCUACGGUUUAUGGCCAGCCUGGUUACUUCUUAUGAACAAUUUCUGGUCAAACUGCACCUGUUAUGUCCCUUGAUUUUCACCCCAAGAAAACCGAGAUUCUCUGCUCUUGUGAUGGCAACAAUGAUAUUCUCUUCUGGAACACCAACGAUUCUAAUUACAUUCGUGCUUCAAAGGCAAGCCCCUGCACCCUCCUAUGGCUUCUCCAACAAUUGAACUAUUGUUUUCUGAUCUUUUUAAUUUUUCUAAGCA